AUGGCAAGCUGGGUCUCCACCCUCUUCUUCCUAAUCUGGUUGUCAGUCUCUCAAGCCCAAGAGAGGAGUGGAAAGAUCCCCACUGUGGAAUUCAUCUCUGAAAGCCUGAUUAACAAUGUGGUCCAGGACCCACAGACUGGUCGCAUCUACCUGGGAGCAGUCAACAAUAUCUUCCAGCUGAGCCCGUCCCUCCAGAAGGAGGCCCGCACUGAGACGGGCCCAAAAAAAGAUGCCAAAACAUGUACACCUCCUGCUUCAGGCUGUCAGGACACAGUGCUCAUGCCCAACAGCAACAAACUUCCGCUGGUCCACCCAUCCAAUGGUUCACUAAUAGUAUGUGGCAGUCGGUACAGAGGCAUAUGUUCCCUCCUUAACCUGUCUAAUGUAGAACAAGAGUUGUAUUACAAUGACAACAAAGGACAGCGGACAUACGUGGCUAGCAUAGAGGAUAAUGUGAACGUGGUGAGCGUCAUGUCCAACUACACAAAAAAUGGCCGGACCUUCAAAGUGUUCCUUGUUGGAAAGGGCUAUGGAAGCCUGGACAGUACAAAACUAAUCAGCACACGAAUCCUUGAGGACUACCAGGACUGGGAUGUGUUUGAGAACAUCAUUGAGGCAUCAGCGGUACAGACGGCGCCAUUUGUCCUCAAGUACUUACACGACUUCCAACAUGCCUUCAAAGAGGAUGGUUUUGUGUAUUUCCUCUUUUCUCGGACUCUCGAUGGCACAGAUAACAAAAACUUGACUUUUGUGUCUCGUCUUUGUGAAAAUGACCAACAUUACUAUUCGUACACAGAGCUCCAGUUAACCUGCGGUACAAACAACCGGUACAACAAAGUCCAAGCUGCAUAUGUGGCUUUUCCAGGAAAAGAGCUGGCACGGGUCAUGUCUCAAUCUGGUAAUUAUGGGACGGUCACCUCAUUCACAAAAGUCCUCUUCAUGGUGGCUCAUCCAGAUGACGACGAAAGCGACUCUGCUCUCUGCAUGUACCCGCUGAACUCCAUCAAUCAGCAGCUGAUGGAUAUAAUCAGUGCAUGCUACAGUGACUCUGGGGAGAUUUCUGGGGUUCCUGCUGUGGACGUACCCUACUCAUCUCAAACCUACACAGCAUGCACUUCAAAAAUUUCUAAUAUUUUUUGA